CAGUCAUGUGACUGAGUCAGGUGAUGAGCUUCAGUGACGUAUCAAACAAGGGUCUGCAAUCUUGUAAAGGGUUAUAGCGACUUUUUUUUCCAAGGUGAUAUUACAGCAAGUCAUAAAGUUAAAAAAAAAACCUGAGCCAUAAGGAGUUUUUGUAUUUAGUUAUUUAAAUGGUAUUGCGCACCAUGGACAAUAACAAACUACAAAACAGAAUCCCCUGUGAUGCCAUGGACAGUGUGAAGAUAGAAGCUGUCCUAAUUAAAGAGGAGUUCCCUGAACUUGAACUUGUCCCCAUUAGUGGGGAGUUCUCUGGGCUGGCUUCCCUCCCCAUUAAACAGGAGCUCUGUGAGAUACAAUGUGACAGCAGUCAGCCAGAGGUCUCUGAGAUUAAAGCUGAGCAGAAUGAAUUGGAGAUCCCCCAGCCAGAAGAACCCCUUCCUGUGAAACAAGAAGAGGCGGUGGACAUAGUCUGUAUUAAAUGGGAGCCCCCUGAAGUAGAGUUUGACCACGUGGAACCAGGGGAGGAAGAAUCCGAGGACUUCCAACCAAAGAUCCCUGAGCCGGAGCCUGUGUGCCUGCGGGAGUGUAGCGUGGGGCUGGAGAGAUUCUGUACAAAAGAGCAAGGAGCUGGAGAGGAAGGCUCUCUCAACAGCAAGGAGGUAGAAAGCAAGACUCAUUCAGAAAGCAGUCUAGCAGGUUCCAGUCCAGCAGCUAAAGCGAGGGGGGGUGCUGGAGAAUAUCCUGACUGUGGGGAAGGUUUCAGUCAGUCAGGAAACCUUGAAAUACACCAGCGAAUUGAAACGGGAGAGAAACCGUAUCCCUGCCCUGACUGUAGGAAGAGUUUCGAUGUUUCAGGAACUCUGAAAGCACACCAGCGAAUUCACACAGGAGAGAAACCGUAUCGCUGCUCUGACUGUGGAAAGAGUUUCAGUCACACAGGAACCCUGAAAGCACACCAGCGAAUUCAUGCAGGAGAGAAACCGUAUCUCUGCUCUGACUGUGGGAAGAGUUUCAGUGAUUCGGGAAACCUGAGAAAACACAAACGAAUUCACACAGGAGAUAAACUGUAUUGUUGUUCUGACUGUGGGAAGAGUUUCAGUGAUUCAGGAAACCUGAAAAAACACCAGCGAAUCCACACAGGAGAGAAACCAUACCCCUGCCCUGACUGUGGGAAGAGUUUCAGUCACGCAGGAACCUUGAAAUCACACCAGCGAAUUCACACGGGAGAGAAACCGUAUUGCUGUUCUGACUGUGAGAAGAGUUUCAGUGAUUCAGGAACGCUGAAAGCACACCGGCGAAUUCACACAGGAGAGAAACCGUAUCUCUGCUCUGACUGUGGGAAGAGUUUCAGUCACACGGGAACACUGAAAGCACACCGGAGAGUUCACACAGGAGAGAAACUGCAUCUCUGCUCUGACUGUGGGAAGAGUUUCAGUCACUUUGGAAACCUUGUAACUCACCAGCGAAUUCACACAGGAGAGAAGCCGUAUCACUGCACUGACUGUGGGAAGAGGUUCAGUCGGUUAGAAAAUCUUGUGCCACAUCAGCAAAUGCACACAGGAGAGAAACCUUAAAGACCAUGUUGUGUAAUUAUUUUUUUUUUUUUUUGUACCUGUUUAAAUAACGUACCUGUAAUUUUAUUUUCAUUAACAUCCUGACAACUUUUUUACAGUAUAACUGUUAAAGCCGUUUUCAAAAUGUCUGCUCAGUCUCAGGAUUACUGCCCACAUUGUCAAACAGGUAACACAGUGGUUAAAGAAAAGGGCUUGUAUCCAGGAGGUCCCCGGUUCAAAUCCCACCUCAGCCACUGACUCAUUGUGUGACCCUGAGCAAGUCACUUAACCUCCUUGUGCUCCGUCUUUCGGGUGAGACGUAGUUGUAAGUGACUCUGCAGCUGAUGCAUAGUUCACACACCCUAGUCUCUGUAAGUCGUCUUGGAUAAAGGCGUCUGCUAAAUAAACAAAUAAUAAUGAUAACGAUCUAUGAUGUGGUAGGGAACAGAAUAGCCAGAGCACUUGUUAUGUUUUUUUUUUUUUAAAUCGCUCUUCCUGCAGUGAUUUAGAGGGCAGAUCUCAAACCCCAGUGCACUGGAGCGGACACUUUGAAAAGAGCAUAGUGUAAAAAGUUACCAGGAUGUUAACAAUGAAUAGAAAAGCGACAGGUCUGUUAUUUAAACAGUUGUAGGAACACGUAGGGGCGUGUCUAUCUUGUAGAACCCCGCUACUUAGUCAUUUAAUAUACAAUAAAGUACUAAACCGUGCUAAAAACCACACCUACGUCUAGAUUUAAUUAAAGUAGACCAUGUGUUUUUUAAAGCUGCUUGUAUCAUAGUUUAAGUUCUAGUGCUCAGCCUCUCUGAGGUAGAUCUCAUUGCUGGCUGCUGUCAGUGCUGCAGCCUUCAUCAUGCUGUGAUAUGGCCCCACAGGCAGACUCUGUAGCCAGAGAAUUUAGUCAAGGGGCUGGAAAAGAGUGAAAAAAAAGCACACUAGUAAAUUUACCAUCAUUUUUUUUGUUGUUUUACGUUAUUGUAAUUAAUGUGGGUUAAAAAAAAUAAAACAAUAUCAUGAUUGAGUGAA